AUGAAAUCGUUCCGAAUUGAGCCAUCGACACUUUGGCAAGCCAUUCGAACCAUCAAAUCGAACGCCCUUUGUCUACGCAAGCUCAAUUCGCUCUCUUUUGAAGAAUACAUGCAGCUCCCCGCUGCAUAUGGGCUUGAAAAGGAGCAACGUGAAUUGGUUUAUGGGCUUUACGAAGUCUAUCAAAACUGGUUGCUGGUUGAUACACCAAAGUGGGACGAAGCGGACCGCGUUACCUACAUUUUACGACACGGCAAUAGGGUAUUUUGGGAAAGCCCUUUCAUAUCCUGGUGGGACAGAUUCAGCAAGCGUGGCGAUGGCGAAGGGCUCGCAUCCGACGAAGGGAAGCCCCUUCCUCCGUUCUUCCACAAGACCUGCUGCUCUUCUUGCGCACGAGUGCUGGAGUUGCUUAGGUCGUUGUUCAUUGCUGCCCACCCGGCCCAGUCAGUGGAGGUUGGCAUACGAAUGCGCGGCGGCACUGUCAAUGAUAUCUUCCAUGCGUCAAUCCAAGGCCCAGGCGGUCUCCAAGUCAAGCACUGUUUGCAAACGCUCGAAUUGCGCACCAACUACAGGACUCAUGCAGCCAAUCUAGCUCUGUCAAAGGCUGUGAGAAAGGUCCUAGCCAGGUCGUUCCAGAUUCCUUCUUCCAAUGAACAGGCUAUCAUCAGUGGCCCGCUCCCCGUUGGUCUAACCUUGCCCAAUAGAGAUGAUCUGGCCAAUGGGUCGCUUAUUCAGGGAGCAAAUCUAGUCUUUCUGGUGCCGGACGAGACCCUCGACUCGUGCAAACAGUUUUUCUCUGAUAGGGGUAUCAGCAAUGACAUUUUAGGGGUCAGUGAGGCGAAAGGCCUGGAAUUCGACGCGGUCUGCCUGCUCGGCUUCUUUUCCUACUUUGAAAGCCGUGGGUCCGGGGCCGCAUGGAAGAAUGCCCUGGCCUGGCUCUUCAGCACCAAGGGUCUGACUACAACCGACAGUUCUGCUGAAGUCGUUGUUUUUGGCCAAGGAAGCGGCUUCAAACUAGAGCCGUGCGACUAUCUCUUGUCGCAUCCAGAGGUCGAAGAAGAGGCAAUGCUCCUUUACACGGCGUUGACCCGUGCUAGGAAUAGACUUUUCCUGGUGGAGUUUGAGCAUGAUGGAAGGCGUUCAACGAAGGGUGAGCAGACGCUCUCAGAUUUUGCUUCCCGCUGCUUCAAGCAUCUCGAUCUGUUGAAGAUCGUUACGCACAUCGACGAAGGCCGAGUGGAGAUGACUCCACAGGAGCACAAGGCUCGGGGUGUGGCUAUGGUUCACAACGCCAUCAACUUUGCACGCGAGUCCAACAAUGUUGGGGAGAUUCGAGAUAGGUUUGAAACUGCUGCCAAGAGAUUCCUCCCAGCAUUUGGGGAUGAUCGAGAGCUACACGAGCAGGCUACGAAGCAGAUGCAAGCAGCAAUUGCAAAAGUUCAGCUGCUUGAGACGAUCAAGAAGGACUUCUUUGACGCGACUACUGGUACCUACAACCUUGCAUUCCGAAUGGAUGAGUUUCUCAAAUUUGAAAAGCAGCUACUCGAGUUCAUCCAGAUUGUUGCAUGGGACACUUUCUUGCUGGAAGAAUGCAACGAAAUUCUGUCAGUGGUGGAAGAAAUGGUGCAGGGGACCCCAUUGAAAGUGCGACUCGGGCCUUUGUUGUCGCAGCUCACAACUUCCAGGAGCGAAUGGAUUGAACGUAUCCAGCGAAACAAUUAA